UUACAAAAAAAAAUUAAAAAUUAAAAAUACAAUAUGAUAAUUUUGUAAACCUAAUCUUAAGAACGUUAUGUGGUAUUAAGCAUUUAUUGAAUGGAAGCAACGAUACGUCACUAAGAUCAAAUUUGAUCUAAAAUCCAUAUUUACAUCACAUCACCCUCGAUCGUGCAUACAUAUCCCAUGACAUUGAAACGCGCGCCAAGACUAACUGCCAACUUCCACACCAAUCCGCAGCCGCCACGCCAACAUCCCCCGCAUCGCCUCUCGCGUAUAAGGAAACGAACCAGCGGAACUUUCCCAUUUCGAAUUUUCAAACCUUCUCCACAAACCAGCCAACCUCUUCUUCCUCCUCCUCCACCGACUCUCUGUCUCUGAUUAAAACAUAAAAAUGCAAAGCCCAUACCCAGAUCCGACGGGGGAGGACGAAUCACAGUCCAUUACCAACAGGCGCAUCCAACGGCUGUCCUUGCACCUGACACCCAAUUACCCACAACCUCAAAACGACGCCACCCACCACCAGCUUCAGCUGCUAGAGUGCGCCAAAGCGGCGACGCUGAAGGUGGACACAGAUAGUCUUUCCAUUUACUUGAGAGGCAAGCAUAAAGACAUUCAAGACAGAGUUUUGGACUACUUCAACAACAGGCCUGAUCUUCAGACGCCACUUGAGAUUUUGAAGGAUGAUCACCGUGAGCUUUGUAUGAGGCAGCUUGUUGCGUUGGUCAGAGAUGCUGGGAUUAGGCCUUUCAGGUGCGUGGUUGAAGACCCGGCUAAGUACUUUGCUAUUUUGGAAGCCGUUGGAAGCGUGGACGUGUCUCUUGCGAUUAAGAUGGGGGUGCAGUACAGUCUUUGGGGAGGUUCUAUACUCAAUUUAGGAACUAAAAAACACAAGGACAAGUAUUUUGAUGGUAUUGACAAUAUGGAUUAUCCAGGUUGUUUUGCUAUGACAGAACUGCAUCACGGCUCAAAUGUUCAAGGUCUACAAACUGUGGCAACAUUUGAUCCACUCACAGAUGAAUUUAUAAUUGACACACCCAAUGAUGGUGCCAUCAAAUGGUGGAUUGGCAAUGCUGCUGUUCAUGGCAAGUUUGCUACAGUUUUUGCUAAGCUGAUGUUGCCAACUCACGAUACCAAAGGAGUUUCUGAUAUGGGUGUCCAUGCCUUCAUUGUGCCAAUAAGGGAUUUCGAGACCCACCAAACUCUUCCAGGGAUUGAGAUACAUGAUUGUGGCCAUAAGGUUGGUCUGAAUGGGGUGGACAAUGGAGCAUUAAGAUUCCGCUCAGUGAGAAUCCCUCGUGAUAAUCUUCUUAAUCGAUUUGGAGAUGUCUCCCGGGAUGGGAAAUACACAAGCAGCUUACCAUCUAUAAAUAAAAGGUUUGCUGCCACACUAGGGGAACUUGUAGGUGGGAGAGUCGGCCUUGCAUAUUCUUCAGUUAGUGUCCUCAAGAUUGCUGCCAUAAUUGCAAUUCGAUAUUCUCUACUGCGUCAACAAUUUGGUCCUCCUAAGCAACCUGAAGUUACUAUUCUUGAUUACCAGUCCCAUCAGCACAAGUUAAUGCCAAUGCUGGCUUCAACUUAUGCAUUCCAUUUUGCCACGCUGCAUUUGGUGGAGAAAUAUGCCGAGAUGAAAAAGACUCAUGAUGAACAAUUGGUUGGUGAUGUCCAUUCGCUUUCGGCAGGGCUCAAGGCUUAUGUGACAGGAUAUACAGCAAAGUCAUUGAGUAUCUGCAGGGAAGCUUGUGGAGGCCAUGGGUAUGCUGCUGUCAACCGCUUUGGUAGCUUGAGGAAUGACCAUGACAUUUUUCAGACAUUUGAAGGGGACAACACAGUGCUUCUACAACAGGUGGCAGGUGAUCUGUUGAAGCAAUACAAGGAGAAAUUUCAAGGGGGCACACUCACUGUUACAUGGAACUACCUUAGAGAGUCCAUGAACUCAUAUUUAUCUCAGCCAAAUCCAGUGACUGCUCGUUGGGAAAGUGAAGAACAUUUACGAGAUCCUAAGUUCCAGUUGGAUGCUUUUAGAUAUCGAACUUCUCGAUUACUCCAAAGUGUUGCCGUUAGACUACGCAAGCACUCUAAAACACUUGGAAGUUUUGGUGCUUGGAAUAGAUGCUUAAAUCACCUUUUGACACUUGCAGAGUCCCAUAUUGAGUCUGUCAUCCUUGCCAAAUUUAUCGAAUCUGUUCAGAACUGUCCGGAUGCAAGUUCUCGAGCUGCUUUGAAACUCGUUUGUGAUCUUUAUGCCUUGGAACGAAUCUGGAAAGAUAUAGGAACCUAUCGUAAUGUUGAUUAUGUGGCACCAAACAAAGCUAAGGCAAUCCACAAACUCUCAGAAUAUCUGAGUUUCCGAGUGAGGAAUAUAGCAAGGGAACUGAUUGACGCUUUUGAUAUUCCAGAUCAUGUUACACGGGCCCCAAUUGCAAUGCAGUCAGAUGCCUACUCUCAUUACACACAAUACGUGGGCUUUUAAUUCUUAUAGAAAAAGAAAAAGCAGGAAAUAAUUGUCAAAGCCAAAUUGGCAUAACAAGGAAGCUUUGAUUGGUUAAAGGGGUUCUUGCUUUUCUUACCAUACCUUUUUUUUUAUAUAGAAAAUACAAACUUUGGCUUCUUACAAUAAUUGGUUAUUGAGAGUCUCGGGACAAAGUGAUAUUUCUGGGCAGGAAUAGUCAUGUACUGUUGUAACUUGUAGCAUUAUAAAUUCUUAUUCAUAAAGGAAUUGGUGCUUGAUAUAUGA